AUGGGUUGGAACGGGCUACCCAUCGAGCUUGUCCAUCUAAUUAUUUCGCAGAACAAUAUCCAACCUCAUGAUCUAGUCAACCUUGCACGAGUAAACAGGCAUCUGGCCGGAAUCGUGCCUCAAUAUCUAUACCGUGACGUUCAGUUCAUAUCUGCCCACCCGUCCGGGGAAUCGAAACAUGCAUGUCUCAAGCGCCUGGCGCAAUUUAACAGAACCAUCACGAGAAACCCACGUCUAGCCAGACUGACACGGAGCAUUGCGAUUAAGACCUGCGUCGAAGAUGAGGGUGCCGUGGACUGUAUUUGGGAGGUUCUCGCUAAGCUUUACAGCCUGGAGAAGUUAGUCCUGUCAACAGCCACCGAAGAUAGACUCCAUCUGGUCCUUCAGAGGAACGUCCUCGCUAGGCUGCGCUGCGCGGAUAUAAACGGCGACUUUGUCAGUCUUGCUGUCGCUGCCUGCUACAUGCAGCUCCCGGCCAUGGAGUCGCUAAAGGUUGAGAGCGGUUGUUUACCCCUGACGGGUCGCCGCUGUUCUCCAGCAGCGAGACUUCCCCCUAACAUGGAGCGCCAGACAUCUCUCAAAAGGCUGGCAAUCCGCAUUCCCUCUGAGUGCAGCUCCCUACUCCCUAGACUUCUCUCGUGUUGCCCGAACUUGGCAACUUUGGUCCUUAGUAUACAGUGUCGCAGCAAUACCCGCUUAGAGCAAAUGCUGUUAUCGAAUGCUCUUAACCUCUGCCAAGAGACAAUUACUACACUCGAACUCGAUUGCGAAUACGACGAAUGUAGGGGAUAUUUUGAAUGUUGUCCCAUUGUCUUCCGCCCUCUAAGGUGUUUACGGACUCUGAAGAUAGAUGUGUUGUUUCUUUUCACUGACGAGGAGAGAGGCGAUCCAACUUUGCGGAACGACAUUCAUCAAUGGCUGCCCACAUCGUUAGAAUAUUUGGAGCUUCUCUUCCAGCAUACCUGUCGGGCCUUUGAAACUACGGCUAGAUCUGCCGCUGAUGGCUCUUCGCCCGUCACCCCUCCUGCUACUUACAAGCCUGAAUAUCUCAACUGGCUUCUACAAAUUGGAAUGAACAAAGAAGCCCGCCUGCCCAGUCUGGUGCACAUUUGUGUGCGAGAGGGCAAUAAUGGCUCGCCCAGUCCGUACAAGGUUUCCAAGUUGCCAGCUCAGAUCGAGGCUCCAUUUCGCGAGGCUGGGAUAGAGAUUCAGUUACUUCUGCUCCCGUGUAGAUCUCGGCCAUUCUAG